CACAAGACCACUGCUAGCACCAGGAAACAGUUUCAUCUCUUAUUAAAUCUUGGCUCGUCCUGCAACAGGAAUAAAAGAGCUACUUGGGUCAUUCAAGGACGAUUGUUUCAUCAACCGUGCGUCAGUAGCCUUCUACAGAGAAAAACUUAGCAAUUGCGAAUUUAGCCCCUAGUACGUCUUCAUCAGUCGUCGUUAGAAGCAUUAAGAUUUCCUUAUUUUCCGUUUCCUUCCUGUGUCGUAAUUGAUUUCCGUUUCCUUCCAAGUCCUUUUUAUACAAAAUGUCGCGUGCUGCUGAUGCCCGGUCUAAAAAGACCGAUCAAAAGGCUCAAAUGGCUGCGACGCGAGACCGCAAAGCUGAGCUUUUGGCUAUGGGUCUUACUUCUACCAUGAAGAAGCAAAUAGGAGACGACCGAUUACUCUGCACAGUGUGCGGCGCGACAAGCCGGGGACCGGAUAAGUUUAUGCUCAUGUUGAAAAUGACGUAAUGGAGUAAUAUGUAAUUAUAGGAUGCAAACUUAUUGUUUUUGUACGACUACUGCCUAUUUUGCUACAACGUAUUUAUGCAUUGAAUUUUGUUUGGUGAUCAAUGUCUUCGCGCAUUGAAGAAGUGAUCUUUCCCCGGCGAGAAAGGGAACACUCAAAGUAGUGUCAAAAGUGACGAUGCAGGUCGGAACUUCACAAAAACUUCGCCCACAGCAAGCUGCCCGUCCAUCCCGCUAAAUUAUUAUGCUAGCCAGGCGGCGUGACACUGCGCCGACGAAAGCAUUGCCCGAGCCCGCCGCCUAUCAUGCGUUGGCGUCCGGAAGUGCCCUCGAGUAACAGCAGAAAUAUUGAUGCAUUUGCCCGCCACUCAUGGUGCCCGCUAAAGAAAUCUGAUACAAGGAGAACAUUUGCCGCCCGCGAAGCCGGUCCAGCCCGUACGAAGCCGCACUGUUUGCCCAACAUUGGCAAGUCCUUACACGCCACACGGUUUCCUAGCACAUUUACGCCCUGAAAUGCUCAUCCCCACUACUGGGUGAUGAUCCUCACUACUGGUAGAACCUCCUGUACCCAAUGCUUAUUUACUUUCUCCUUCAUUCGACGCACUUGUCCUGGCGGCAGUUCGAAGCCAUCGGAUUCCUACGAUGCUACGGCUCACUUGAUAGCGGCAGCGAAAGCCAGACACGAAGCGCAGAAAAGCACUGAGAAGGAAGCUAACGCGAAAAAUCAAGCUGAGAAGGAAAGAGAACGAGCCAAGAAGAGGGAAGGAGCGGGGAAAAUCGACCUAGAACAAGAAUUUGAGGACUUGGAUGGCCUGGAAAUACGACAAUUACUGUUAUGAUCUCGUCAGCUUGGUUCAAAGUAAUUCCAGCAGAGAAUCAGACAACUCUUCAAUACGAAUAGUAAACUAGUACCACCAGAUUCAGAAUUGCGUACUUAUUCAAACUAUUAAAUACGAUAUCCGUCCUAUUAACCUCCAUGUAAAGUAAAGAGUCAGAUCUAAUUUCCCAAUUCCCCGUUGGAAAGCUUGGUAUGGAUAUCGAGCGCAAUGUCGUUGUCAAAGUACACCCUUUACCAGCAAAUGCAGCCGAGCUUGGUGUAAAAGUCGGCUGGGUUAUCAGUGAGGUGGAUUCAAAUGCAGUACCAGCAAAAAAACAGGCGAUUGUAACGGCGAUAACGAUUAAGGAUGGAGUAGAUUACAGUUGUACUAUUGUUCAACAUGGACAUGAAUUUCGAGAAAUUAUAUAUAGAAGUAGUUCUUGCUGACAGGCUUAACGCGUUAUUUUAGCAACGCGUUAUAGAUGGAAGGAUGCUGGUUGCAUUCUAGUACUGCUCUACUAAAAUUCUGCUCUAUAAUAACGUGUUGCUAAAAUAACGAGUUAAGGCUGCGCUAUUCUUCAGCGACGUGCAACCUCCACCGAUGAGAAUCGCAUUCUCGUGAUUCUUUUCUGAAAAUGCCUUCAACUACCAACACCGAAAACUUCACCCCUCUACUUAGUCCAUAAAUAUCCUUAUCCAUCUACACAUACAUCAACAACGCCUUCUUCUAAUUCCCAAGUAUUCAAAAGUGGUAAGCCUUGUGGUAUCCGUUUUCGCUGUCCGGCUAUUGAAGAUGAAAAAGCUGACGGCGCAUGGUUUUGUUUCCGGUGUGACAAGUUUCUGGCGAAAGAUGCCUUCGAUUCUUCCAGCUGCGCGACGAAGACAGCAGCGCAAAGAUCCUGCGCAAGCUGUGAAGAAUGCGCUGACAUGUUCGAUGACGAUGAAGAUGAAUAGGAUAGAUACCGAUGCUGGUGCAUGGGGGUUCGGCUUCGGACUCGACAUGUUUGGUGAUGAUGUAGUUGAUGGACAAGAUAGUUAGAGCAGGUUUUUGAGAUCCAAUUCUUGUAAAAGAAGCGCUCGAGGAAGAAGAGGAUGGAUCAUAAAGCAGUGCGCCAAUCACAAAGUGGACAGGAGUGGCAAAACUUCACUGAGACGGUGUCCGAUGCGAUAAUAAUUCAUUGAUGAUGACGUCCCUAAUAUUCGAAGAAAUAGAAAAUGGUUGUAAUUCCUCGCCAGACCUUUACCUCUUCUACAUAACCCCGAAACAGACGUUAUGCCUUGAUUCAGUGCACACCAACGAGUCGUAUACAACUGUAUACAAUACUCGACGUUUAAAAAUGUCUGCCGAGUCCUGCGACUGCCUAC